UAGACCGUAAUUAGUAGCGUUUAUUUUUCAAUUUUGGUUUUUUUUUAAAUAUUUAACAAAAAAAAUACUACCUAUACCUACCCAAUAUUUUUAAUAUAAUGUGAUUUAAUUUAUUAUUUAUUACACAAUGAAGAUUGAAACGAAUCCAAUGUGCGUGUAUCUGGUAAAGAACGACAGUAAAGGCGAUAAAUUGUUGUUUCGUUAUCCGUUUGGAAACGGCAACGGAGCCGUUAAAGCUAAUGUGAAUGAACAAUGCAAGCGGUCGUUGCACAGAAACGCAUCACUUGACGGAGCUUACCAAUCGCAAGAUCAGACAGAUUUUCCUGAUGACGUUAUAUCUAGUUUGUUUGCCGUCAAAAUGGAUUUGUGUGAUCGAAAGUUCGAAUUAAAAGUAAAUAACGUUCGGUUUAUCGGGCAUCCGAUACAAAUACAAACCGGCGGUAGUAACCGUAAAAAGAAACCAGAAAGUCCGUCCAUUAUACUGAUUAAUGUUGUAUUUUCGUUGGACGCAUUUGCUCGUCGCCAAAUAGCUCAUUGUUAUUACGAUCUAAGCAAAAUGUUUGGUAUUGCCCUUGGACAUGAAGAAAAACGAUGCUCGUAUUUGUCCAAGCAGAUCAAAAGUAUGUUGGCCAUACACGAUUCCAUGGCGUCUGGGUCAGAUGCUGAGGUAGAUACGACCAAUGAGAACAAACAUUUUGAAAAAAUUCUUGAAGACUGUACACUAGCUCAGGAUUUAAAAAAGGUGUAUGACGAUAUGUGUGCUAACGGUAUAAUAAAGUUAAAAGUGAAUAAUUGGAUUGAAGUGAGCUUUUGUUUACCACACAAAGUCCAUCACUUUUAUAAAGAAGGACAAUAUUUUGAACCAGAUUCAAUAAAUAAGUGUUUAAAAGGACUCAGGCCCUAUCACGGUCUACUGUUAAUGACAGACCGAAAAAAGUUGUUGGAAAGUUUACCAACAGAUUCUAGCCCAUCAAUUGUAAGACUCAUUAAUAUGUAUAAUCCUGUAAAAAGUCUGCAAACUUUAUCUGCCGAUGCAGAUCUCACUAUUGCUCAGGUAUUUAAUAUUGCUGGCCAUUUAAUAUACUGGGGCGAUGCUAUUGUUAUAUUCCCACUGUGUGAGACCAAUAUGUACGCAAUCGCACCGAAUGUUCCAACGGAACGGGGAAGUCAAUUCUCUAAUGAAUUUGAGGAGAAAUUUCCUGGCUAUAAUUUGUUGGAGGUCAUGAGUGAAUUUUCACUUCCAACAUCGUUGCAGUAUAAAAUGUGUCCCGUUGAGGACAAAAGUAGUGGUGCCAUAAUGGUUCAAAUACUCAUUUGGUUAUUGCAGCGCAAAAUACUUUUACAAUUACAUACAUAUAUAUAUUUUAUGCCGACUAGUAAAGGAUUAACAAAUGUAAAUAAUUACUCUGAAAAAAUGUUUGAUAACUGUCAGCCAUCUGAAACACCAAUGACCAUUUAUCAGACAGGAUCAGAAAGUUGGUUGCAAGUGUCGUCAUUUAAUUCAUCAGCUUGCAGCGCCGAAGAAUUGUUUAACAGUUUGACUGACGAAGAACAGUCUGCGUUAAUGCGAAUACCCGCGUCGGCAAAUCCCAGUGAUUUUCAGUUGCUCAUGAGAUUACUCAAACAAGGUUAUCUUGUCGGUGAACAUCACCUAGAAGAAAUUAUGUAUUUGGAAAACAUAAGACGGUCGCAAUUGUUACAGUUGUUUGAUAAGUUUAAAGAUGUAUUAGUACUUGUUGAAAUGGAGGACCCUGCUAUAAGUCAUUUCUAUUCACAUUAGAGAAUUGAAAAAUCUACACUAAACACGUUUGUUUGUAAUAAGUUGUCCCUGUUUAUUUUCAUAUUUGAAUUUAAUAAAAUGUGUCUUCCAAUAGUUAUGAAAAUAAUGUAAAAAAUAUAUUAAAAAAAUCUAUAGAAAUUUAAUUUUUACAAUGGCAAAACUUAAGUGUAAACUAACCAAUAAGUUGUAGCAUUGAGGUCUAAGUUCUAUUUAAAAAAAAAAAAAAUUAUGUUUAUUGCCUAUUUAAUAAAAUAACUCAACAACUUAAAUAAACAACAAACAAUUCUUAAACUUA